AUGGAAGACGACGACCUACUUGGGGAGGAACUGAUGGAAGAAGCAGAACAAAUUGAGGCCAUUUCCCAGCUCUCCCCGAUGGCUACCCGAAAGAAGGUGACAGCGGGACCAACCCAAAAGGGUGACGGAGGAAAGCCGAGACACACUAAAACGGAGAUUUUACGAUCCCGGGUCUCCCCUCGUCAGAGAACGUCAAUAAUUAACGACGCCAAGAGUACUAAAGUGUCACGUAAAAUGAAAAAUAUGUGUGUCAAGGCAUCUCCGAAGAAGCGUUCAGGAGUGAUCAAAGGAACUCCCAUACCAGCUUCUUCCAAACAACUCCCUCAACAUGAGGUAUUUCCGUCUGCUUUAAGCAAGAAACCAAAGUCUGCAACAGGUUCGGUGGUGUCCCAGAAACCACCCAAGGGGCGAAGCGGUGGAUUGGCUUUGUAUUAUUCUUCCUCUUCUUCUGUUACUAUUCUAUCUUCCUCUCCACGCAUGAUUGAUAUUGAAGCUGUUAUAGAGGGAGUGAAGGUCUUUAUGACAUUUGUGUAUGGAGAACCGGUUACUGAAAACCGUGGUUCUUUUUGGGAGUGCCUCUCGGAUAUGAGCUUUCACAGGAGAGGAGCUUGGCUUAUGAUCGGGGACUUCAACGAGAUAACUGGAAACCAUGAGAAGCGUGGCGGCAGGAGGAGAUCGGACACGUCUUUCUUGGAUUUCCGGAGGAUGUUAGCCAAUUGUGGAAUGAUAGAUUUCCCUUUUAAGGGUAAUUGCUUAUCAUGGGUUGGAUACAGAGCAUCCGGCAAAGUCCAAUGUCGCCUUGAUCGAGCAGUAGGCAACGAAGAUUGGCAUCACUCCUUUUCCCACACGAAUGUGGAGUAUUUACAUCUCUGGGGAUCGGAUCACCGACCGGUGCUGGCAAGAAUUAUGUCUCACGAGGCUAAAGUCAAACGAAAUUUCCGUUUUGAUAAACGGUGGCUGGGAAAAGAUGGAUUUAAGGACACGGUAACCUCAGGCUGGAGAUCAUCGCCCAGUGCAGGAAUUGGUAACGUGCACGGGAAGAUUCAGUCUUGUCGUCGGGCUAUAUCGUCGUGGAAGAGGCUAAAUAAAUCGAACUCAGCGUUACAAAUCGAGGCGAUAAAAGAACAAUUGGAAAGGGCACAAACGGACGACUCGGUACCAAGCGAAGAAGUGAUGAAGUUGAAAUGGGACUUGUGUAAUGCCUUAAGAGAUGAGGAACUCUUCUGGAGACAGAAAAGCCGUGUAUCUUGGCUAAAAGAAGGUGACCGAAACACCAAGUUUUUCCAUGCAACAACGAAGCAACGACGUGCUAGGAACCGGAUUACAAAACUGAAGCGACAAGAUGGCUCAUGGGCUGAGACAGAAGAUAGCAUAGAACAAACUGCCACAGGUUAUUUCCAAAAUCUGUUCUCUUCUUCACGACCAGGCAAUUUUGAAGAGGCCCUAAAAUAUCUCUCUACGCGAGUCACCCCUGCUAUGAAUACCGCAUUGACUCGAGCUCCGUCAAAUGACGAGAUCAAAAAAGCAAUCGCAGAGAUCAACCCGGAUAAGGCCCCUGGGCCGGAUGGAAUGACAAGCCUUUUCUUUCAGAGAUUUUGGGAGGUUACAGCACAAGAUAUAAUAACCAUGGUGAAAGAGUUUUUCGAGACAAAUUCUCUGGAUGCAAAGCUGAACCAAACAAAUAUAUGUCUAAUCCCCAAAACAGAGAGACCGAGGGACAUGACGGAGUUCCGCCCUAUUAGCCUCUGCAACGUCAGUUACAAGAUUAUCUCGAAGAUCUUAAGUAACAGAUUAAAGCGGUGUCUCCCGAAGAUCAUUUCAGAAACACAAUCAGCCUUUGUGGCUCGACGUCUCAUCACAGACAAUAUUUUGAUAGCACAAGAGUGCUUCCAUGGCCUUCGGACCAACUCGAUGUGUAAGACAAAGUUCAUCGCUGUCAAAACGGACAUGAGCAAAGCUUACGACCGUGUUGAAUGGAGCUUUCUCGAGGCUUUGAUGCUAAAACUCGGAUUUGCUGAGUCAUGGGUACAUUGGAUUAAGCUCUGCAUUUCGUCGGUCUCUUAUCAGGUACUAUUGAAUGGUGAGGCAAAAGGUAGUAUUCAACCUACAAGAGGCCUCCGACAGGGCGAUCCCCUCUCGCCUUUUCUCUUUAUCAUCCUCACGGAAGCACUCAUCUCUCAAUUACGUGGGGCUGAAGAAGAAGGGAGAUUGACAGGCUUAAAAAUUGCUCGAGCAUGUCCACCAGUGUCUCAUCUCCUAUUUGCUGAUGACAGUUUAUUUUUCUGUCGAGCUGAUGUCCUGCAAUGUGCAGAGUUAAUAAAAAUCCUCAAAUGCUAUGGCCUAGCCUCUGGACAACAACUUAAUACAGCAAAAUCAUCAGUUUUCUUUGGUAGCAAGGUACCAAAUGAACAGAGAAUAGCAAUCAAAAAUACCCUGGGAAUCUCAAAGGAAGGAGGGAUGGGAACUUACCAGAGACGAUCAGUGGAUCCAAAAAACAAGUUUUUGCCUUUGUCCAAGACAGGCUCAGUAGCCGCAUCAAUACUUGGUCCUCGCGCCUCCUAUCAAAAGGCGGGAAGGAAGUGCUUAUCAAAUCAGUAG